AUGAUCCCGAACAGAGCGACUUCAUAUAAGAGUAAACGAUGGUUUGGUCGUAUACCAAGUGGCAGCAGUAUUGUGGUGGCUCACCCAAAGAACCCAGAGUACUUCAUCGGCAAGAAUGAUUUGAGUACGAGAUAUGGGUUCUUAGAUUAUCUUAACGGCAAAAACGGAAAAAAACAUAUAUACUACGAAUGGUGGAUUCCGCAGCACAGCACAUUCGGUGCCAUGCAUCGCAAAUAUUCGAAUAAGCAUCGAGCAUGGGGUUGGACAACGGAUGGUCUCGAUUGGUACUCUGAAGCCGACUGUAAAUUCAAGACAACACCUUUUGGCAAUUUUAAAGGCGCAUUGUUUUAUCCCUGUGAAACCUAUCGCUAUUGUAAGGCAUACAGUGGGUAUGCAUGUACAACGACAGGUGGUGACCCCUCUGGAACAGAUUACCUCACUUUAUUAAGUGGUGGCUUCAGUACUGGCGAUGGCGGUUUUAGUGGUGGAUUCUCCGCGGCAGGGUUCGACAGUGGAGGCGGAGGCGGAUCAAGUGGCGGAGGAGGUGAUGGAGGAGGAGGAGGAGGAGGAGGAGGAGGAGGUGGUGGCGGCGGUGGCGGUGGCGAUGGUGGCGGCGGUGGCGGCAUGUAA